CCCACUACGAUCCAUAACCUCUCUCUCUCUGUCUCCCCAUUCUAGUGAAGCCCCACUAGUUGAUUAUAUUAAACAGGUAGUGGAAUCUGCGCCAUUUGUAGCUAAUAGUAUACUGUAACUCAAAAUUCAUUUGUGCUUUAGUCAACAAAGAAGAAUUAAAAGAUCAUCAAACGAAAGAAAGGCCCUUUAACCAGGAAAAAGAGAGGCAGUGAAGAAGAAAAAGCGAAAGGGGUGUGAUGUGGGAGAGAUAAGUCUGAACCGAUCGUGCAAUCAUCGAGAUAAUUCAACUUUGGUUAGAAUUUGCGAUUUUGAAGAUCAGCAUGGGAAUUUGCUUCAGUUCUGCCUCUGUUGAUCAAAGCCCGCCGCCCUCCACAAACCAAUUCAGUUCAGUGGCGGCGUCGGAGGCGACGACGACGAGCACGAUGACGUCUUCGAGCGGCGGCAGCAGCAGCACAGUUUCGGGCGGAAGGAGCGAAGAUGGGAGUUUCAGCCCGGCGGGGCAGAUGCUUGCCCAGCCCAAUUUGAGGGUUUUCAGCUUAGCAGAGCUCAAGGCUGCCACUCGGAAUUUCAGAAGUGAUUCAGUGCUGGGAGAAGGAGGCUUCGGCAAGGUCUACAAGGGGUGGCUGCAGGAUGACAGAGCCACCUCCAAAACAACCAUCAUUGCUGUCAAGAAGCUCAAUAAUGAAAGUAUGCAAGGCUUUCAAGAGUGGCAGUCUGAGGUGAACUUCCUAGGAAGACUUUCUCAUCCCAAUCUGGUGAAGCUCUUGGGGUAUGGUUUGGAGGAUACAGAGCUCCUUCUUGUGUAUGAAUUCAUGGCCAAGGGCAGCUUGGAGAACCAUCUCUUUGGAAGGGGCGCGUCUGUGCAGCCGCUUCCAUGGGAAAUUAGGCUCAAGAUAUUGAUCGGAGCAGCUCGUGGGCUCGCAUUCCUCCACGCUUCAGAUAAAAAGGUUAUCUACAGAGACUUCAAGGCCUCAAACAUAUUGCUUGACGGGUCAUACAAUGCCAAGAUAUCCGACUUUGGCCUAGCGAAGAACGGCCCGACAGCUAGUAAAUCCCAUGUGACCACUCAGGUUAUGGGAACGUACGGCUAUGCUGCUCCCGAGUAUGUUGCCACAGGGCACUUGUAUGUGAAGAGCGACGUGUAUGGGUUCGGUGUGGUGAUGGUGGAAAUGCUGACAGCGCUGCGCGCCCUUGACACCAACCGGCCUUCUGGGCAGCACAGCCUGGGUGAUUGGAUCAAGCCACAUCUAUCAGAUAGGAGGAAGUUGAAGCGCAUCAUUGAUGUCCGUCUAGAAGGCCAGUAUCCGAGGAAAUCAGCACUACAAAUAGCUCAGCUUGCCUUAAAUUGCCUUGAAAGUGAGCCCAAAAACAGACCAUCUAUGCAGGUGAUAGUUGAGACACUCGAAAGAAUCGGUUCUUCUAUUGAGAGGCCGAGAGACCGUAGAGGGCAGCAGUCGAGUCCGCAUGCAGUGAGUCGUCGUGCCCAUCAGCCGCUACAGUAUCGUUCUCCACUUCAUCCUAGACCAGAGGCCACACAAGCCUAUCCGUUGCCACAGCACACGUAAAACACUUAUAUAUAUAUGUAUGUAUGUUCCUAGCUAUUCAUGUUUGUAUUUCUGUCAACUUCGUGUUUCUGUGAUAGUAAAGAGUAGGCAUAAAGUGUAUGUACCAUUUUUGUGGUUGAUGUGAAGUUGUGUAAAAUGUGGAGAAUGGAGAUGCUUCUGUCAUGUGUUCAAAUUUAUGUUAUCUAUAUAUUAUGUGCCACAAA